AUAUGUGCUUUGUGCUGCAGGUACAGCGUGUUGCUGCUGGCUUUGGUGUCCCUCGUAGGGGCAGCGCCCUUCGUUCCUGAGGCAGCGCGGGCCUUAAACAACCCUGGCCUGUGGGAAGGAGACAUCAAGGGCGUGGCAGGACAGAAACCUGGGGAGGAGAAAUCUGCUAUCAUAGGAGACCAGUUCCUGUGGACAGAUGGUGUGAUUCCUUAUAUCCUUGCUGGAGGCUCAGACGCCGAGAUCGUAGCCGCAAUGGACGAAAUCAUGUCGAAGACUUGCAUCAAGUUCAUCCCGCGUUCCGUCGGGGAACACAACUACAUCCGCAUCACUACCAACGGUGAUGGGUGCUGGUCCUACGUGGGCAUGAUGGACGGAGGGCAGGAGAUCUCCCUUGCUCGCAACGGCUGCAUCUACCACGGUACCAUCAUCCAUGAGCUCAUGCACGCCAUCGGCUUCUUCCACGAGCACAACCGCAUGGACCGCGACGAUUACGUUAGGAUCAACUAUGAGAAUAUUGAUCCUUCGAUGGCUUACAACUUCGACAAGGACACCAACUCCCAGUACGUAGGCGAGAGCUACAAGUACGACAGCAUCAUGCACUACGGCAAGUACGCCUUCUCUACCCAGUGGGGCGUCCUGGAGACAAUCGUGCCUCUCCAGGAUGGCGUUGACCUCACGGACCCCUACGAGAAGCCCCACAUGCUGCAGUCUGAUGCCAACCAGAUAAAUAACCUGUACGGCUGCUCCAAGUAGAAAAGAGGUUGGGUUUAAUACGUCAAAUAAAUCUAGCUUUUCUAAAUUCAAGAGAUGAAGCAGCAGGUGAAUUACAAUAAGAGGUUACCCAUGGAUUGAGUCUAUUAUUGUGUUGAGGAAAAAAAGAAGUUGCUGAAACGUUGUAUGUUUAGUUAAUAUCAUGAGUAAACUAGGGAAAAAAUAAUCAGGAACUUUUUCGAAUGUUUCCCCAAAGCUGUUUUAUAAGCUGUAUUGUUGACAAUAAAAAGACUCAUUUAAACUAAA